AUGAAUAACACUAUCUACUAUUUUAUUUCAAUUAAUUGCGUAUCCCUUACUGAAGAUUUCAAGAAUCAAUGGAACACUAGUGAUUUCUGUAUCCAUGACGACGAAACUGUUUUGUUUGAAGAAUUCAUCACCAAAACUGGUACCAACUGCAUUAAUGUAUUUACCAAUGACUUUGGGAUCAGUGAUACUGGUGCUAGGGAUGACUGUACUUCCAUUUGA